AGAUUGUUUUGGACCACGAGACAUAUGUGAUGAACCUUACGGAGGCAGAGAAGACGGGUGAAGCGAGGUGGUACCAGCUGUACAGCGCCCGGGACCAGUACGGCAUGAUGGGGCUCACCCCAGCGGACUGGCAGGACCUGGCAGAUCGUAUGGCUGCUGACCGACACUUGUUUGAUCUAUACUACAGGAACUAUGUGAGCGGAGGAGACCCGUUCCUUGAGGCGGGAUGUGAUGACCUGUGUUACGAGCAGCGACUCUGCGACCUUGUCACCUCUAACAGGAACGACCUGGACAACUGCCUCGCCAUCCUCUGGCGGAAGAGAGGUCUCUAAAAGGUCAAAGUGGAAUUGUGGAGAAGGUGCUCAAACUGGCUAGUUGGAGGUCAAGAUUGAGACGUCGAGUUUCGUUUGUCUUGGUCGAACUUUCAGCAGAAAAUGUAUGCGAGACCUUCAUUCAUCACUUGCUUCUAUACUCAUUCAUGAAGACCAUUGGACAUGAAGUACUCUCCUUUUGUUACACUAUUGCAACACGCCUUUCUAACACUCACUGCACACCUACUGUGAUACACUCGCUACACUCCUGCUGUGACACACUCAAUACACAUUGUGACACACCCACUACGCACUGUGACUCACUCACUAUAUACUUAAUCUAACUCUCUCUCUCCCUACUCACUUCGGGAAACUUACUACACAAUUAAUGUGAGACACUUACUACAGUAUGUGAGUGUAUCACUACUGUGACACACAGUAGUGACACACUCACUACACACCAACUAUGAAAGCUCGAUUCUGCAUACACAAAUAGUAAAUACUCUCACUACACUCAUGCUCUGAUACAUUCACUGCACACCUAUUGUGAUACACUCACUGCAUUCCUAUUGUGAUACACUCACUGCAUACUGUGAUACACUCAUUACACACUGUUACAUACUCCUACAGUAAAACACUCACUGCACACCUACUGUGACACUCUCUACAUACGUUCUGUAACACACUCACUACACAUUUACUAUGAAACACUUGCUAAACACCUACUGUGAAACGCUUACUGUGAUACACUCACUACACAUCUGCUGUGACACACUACACACUCUGAUACGUUCAUUACACAUCUACUGUUACACACUCACUACACUUGUUCUGUAACACUCAAUGCACACUUACUGUGACACACUCAA